AGAAAAUUUAGGGAGUUUAGUGCACUUUACCAAACAAAUUAUAAAGAAGCCGAAGCUGGCAAAGCAAUCACUAGAUAAUUCUUUUGACAAUCUUACUCCACUGGCUGGGUCUUUUCCUUCUCCAGUGGCUUCCCAGAUGAGUAAUAUGUCCAACCCUAAUAAGUUCAUCAAACUGCUUGGUGGCCGGGAUCGAGGUAGGAAAGCCGAAGCAACAAAGAUGCCUGUUGGGCUGCCAGGUUCAGGAAGUGAAUGGUCGCUAUUUGAAGAGCAGGCACUUGUUGUCCUGGUACAUGAUUUGGGUCCUAACUGGGAGCUUGUGAGCGAUGCUAUCAACAGUACUUUGCAAUUCAAGUGUAUAUUUCGCAAGCCUAAAGAAUGCAAAGAGCACCACAGCCGUUUAAUUGAUAGGACUAAUGGUGAUGGAGCUGAUAGUGCUGAAGAUUCAGGGUCUUCUCAACCAUAUCCAUCUACCUUACCUGGCAUUCCAAAGGGCAGUGCCAGACAGUUAUUUCAACGUCUGCAGGGGCCAAUGGAAGAGGAAACCCUCAAAUCUCAUUUUGAGAAAAUCAUUGUGAUUGGGCAAAACCAGCAUUAUCGGAGGACUCAGAAUGAUAGCCAGGACAUAAAACCAAUCCAGCCGCACAAUUCUCACUCACUUGCUCUUUCCCAAGUCUGCCCAAAUAACGUGAACGGGCCUCCUCUGACGGAUGGUAGAUAUGGCGUUCCAAGAACAGCAGCUUUAUCUAUUGAUGAACACCAGAAAAUGCAACAAUAUAAUCAAAUGUGAUCUGGUAGAACCGUUCAGCAAUCCAGCUCGUCUAUACCUGGGACUCUUCCAGGAACUGAUCGUAGUGUUCGUAUGUUACCUGGUGGAAAUGGUUUGGGAAUUAUGGGAGCGAAUAGAAGCAUGCCAAUGGCGAGGCCCAGGUUUCAAGGAAUGGCCUCAUCAUCUAUGCUGAAUUCUGGAUGUAUGCUUUCUUCUAGUAUGGUGGCGAUUCCAGGCCCUGUAAAUAUGCACUCUGGAGCUGGUUCUUGUCAGGGAAGUUCAAUGUUAAGACCUCGUGAUGCUUUGCAUAUGAUGCGGGUUAGUUGUCUACUGUAGUCCUCUUCUAGACUAAUAUGGCCUUCUUAAUAAUUGUUUUUUUUAUCAUCCGUAGGUCAGUAUUGGGUUUGAAUCGCAUUAUGAAUCAUACUUGUAUUGAUUAAUUUCCUCUGUUUUGAUGACGCUAGCUAUUCCUCUAUUUCCUAUUAAUAAUUGUACUUUAUAUUUGAGAGUGAUAAAGAGUGAAGUUGAAUUGCUAGCAAUUCUUAUGUUUUAGGUGUAAUUCUGUCAGAGUGCUAAAAGAUGCUGGCAUAGCAUCUUAAAGGGAAGGGGCACUAUCAUUCUGUCAUGUUGUAUUACGUUUUUAUUUUUGGGGUAAAGUACACUAAUUUCCCCUGAUAUUAGGCAAAAAUACACAAGAUAUCCGUAUUAAAAAUUACUGACCUCCCUUUAACUUUAUACUAUGUUAUAGAAACCUCCCCUCCAUUAAAGUUGACUGACGAUUGAAGAUAGAAUUUGCUGACAGCAGCAAACAGAAAUUCAAUGGAGUGGGAUAUCCAUAUUUGAACUCUGCUCAAAUGUUCCCUUCUCAUGAUGAGAAUGUGCACUACAGUAUAGCUGGUUGCUCUGGUCUGGAUUAGUGAAUUUAAGAGUAAUGUAAUUGAGUCGAUAAUCAAAUAAUAGAUUAUGAGGUCAUAACCUAAUUAAUAUAAUAUGGGUAGAAGGUGUGUAUGACUGUAUGUAGAGGACUUAAGUUAUUACAGGCCCUCCAAGAAUGUUGAAUAAUCAGCAGAAAAUGUAUCCUGCCCAAACAGUCUCUUCGUCAAAGCAGCUCCGGCUGCCUUCUUUUCAUCCUGAUAAUGGAGAUCAAGGUCAUCUUCAACCAGUUGUUUCUGGUCCCACGUUAUCAGCUUCCCAGCAAGCUGUUCCACCCUUGGUCAUUGCUUCUUCCAACCAUCAGCAGCCGCACCAAAAGUUGGUUAAUCAAACUCAGCCGGCUGUUCAAAGAGUGCUACAACAGAAUCGUCAAGUGAAUUCUAACCCACAGAGCAAGUUGCAAGUCAAUCAAGCUCAAGGUGACCAACAACCUGUGACCAACUCAUCGCAGAUGAGUAACACAGUGGCAAUGCCUCAGGCCUGCGUAGAUAGGACUAAUGUAGUACCUGUGAUUUCUUCCACCAGCACUUCUCAGCGGAAAGCACCAGAACCAUUAUAUGAUUCUGGUAUGUCACAUUCAACGACACAGUUGGUUCCCAUUGAGAGUCCACCUUUAACAAGUUCUGCUGGGAGUGAGCCUACACUCUCGGUGAGCCAAGGGCUAGACCAGAGGCAAUCGUCAGGCAGCUUGCCGCAUAUUGGGCAUAAUGUUAGUGCACAGGGUCAUCAGCAGCAUUCGCUGCUACAACCACCUCCCACACCACCACCGCAGCAGCUGCUGCAGCAACAAUCACCACAACAACAGCUGCCACCUCAACAGCAAUCUCAGCAGCAGAUGCAGCAUCUUGAAGCAGGGAACAACAGUUUGUAUAUCGGGCCCACUAACUCUAGACUGGAAUGAUGCAUUCUAAAGGAUUGAGCAAUUCUUGGAACGGCAGGUCUGGUCCAGUUUAGGUCGGCAUGCCUUUGUAACUGCAGUGUACAGGACAUACGGCAAUUUUGGCUUCACUGCACCUGAAUCUGGGCUUUUGAAUUAUGAAGUUCAUCACUCCAUCAAGGAGGAAAGAGAGUCUGAUUGUUAUCUGCUGAUUCUGUUAAGAGUUAAUGAAGGGAUACUAGCAGGUUAAUUAUUUUUGGGCAUUAUGUAUAUUACCAUUGCCUUGGAGCUUCAGGAAGAUAGAGACAGAUAUAAAGGUAUGUGUACAGGGUCUCGUCUCUCUUUCAAUUACUUUUUUUUUUUUUCCUUUCUUAGAAAAAAGAGUAGCCGCUUCCCCUUUAUAUUAAGGGGUUAGUUAUCAUUGUCAGGGCCAAAGCCUUUGGGAAAUUUUGUGAAUACAAUUUCUAGUGUAUACAAUUAGCAAUGUUGAACAA